AUGAUAUCAUCGUCGGUAAGAUCAUCAAAUCUUUGUGAUCGACGAGAUUCGUUAUGUGCAUCCUUGAUCAAUUGUAAACCUUUGGGUACUUUAUACACGUCUUUGCACAGGACGAAUAGCAGAAGGAAUGGCUAUCACCUUGGCGAAUUCCUCGUUCCAUUUUCUUCUCCAUUGCUUUUCAAUGUAACCGAUGAUCUGGAGGUGACGCUUCUCAGAAACCUGCUGAUACACGAUGGCAAGUUUAACCUUUCAGUGCACUUAGUCAGAUAUCUGUGA